AUGUCGUCUGCACAGAAUCUCUUCCACGACAUCGACGGCGUCAUCCAAAACAUCAAAAAGGAGCUCGACACGAUGCAGCAAAACCCUCAGUUCACAGUGCCACGGACGCCUACAUCUCAAACCGACUUCGCCCACGACGUUACGUUUCCAACCGCGCCGCGUGUGCCGGCGGGUCCCGCGCCGCCGCCACAGGACAUUGCCUCGCACAACCAGCGCACAGGACACGCCGAUAUCAGACCCAAAGUGCUCCCGUUUUCAUCACCCGCGUCGGUACCGCUCCCACGAGUUUCGCACUUUACGUUCGCCAGUGAUCGUGGGCCACCCGCGUCGCGGUUACAAAUUCGACCCCCACCUUUCGUUCCCGAGCGUCCGGAAAUUUGGUUCGCUAUUAUGGAGAACAUUUUCGUACAGCAACAAAUAGUCAACGAUUUUGAACAGUUCACGCUAGUGAUUUGCAACCUGGACCAACGUGCGUCGUCAGUGGUAUCGGAUAUAAUUAUGCAACCCCCACCACAACAAGCCUACGCCACUCUCAAGACGGCUUUAAUUUCGCGUUGUACAAAACCUGUGGAUCAGCGGAUAUCACAGCUCCUGUACCACGAGAAACGCGGUGACAGGUCACCUUCAGACUUUUACCGGCAUUUACGUGCUAUGGUGGACCCUUCCGUGUUCUCAGACACAUUACUUUUGCACAUAUGGCAACAGCAGUUACCUCCGCAGGUGGGCUUAACCUUAAUUGCUUACGAGGGCCGCCCAUUAAGCGAGUUGCUGCAAGUAGCCGAUAGAGCGCACUCCCUGUUCGACUCGCGCGCCACAGUGGCCGCCGCCGCAACCACCUCGGCCAACGACACCAGCCGAGCACGGCCGGAGCCGGUCGACGCGGCGCCUCCAGCUUGCGCUGCCACGACCGCACGACGAGCGCCGGACGCGACCGAAGAUUUCCGAUCUCUCCGCGCUGCCAUCGAUCAGCUGACCGCCCAGCUGCAGCGGCUAGAGCCACGCGACGUUGCGGCGGCUGACACACACGCGCGUCGUCGCCAGCCGACGCGACCGCCGCGUCACGCAAACAACGGCACCGGAUGGAUGUUCUUGGUCGACACCGGCUCAGAUGUCAGCGCUCUGCCUGUAAACUUCUUCCCUUCAGAUAAACGCACUGAAGAGACCACUUUGAAAGCAGUCAACGACUCAGUCAUCCACACAUAUGGACAGAAAACACUGCCAGUGGACAUUGGGCUACCAGAAGAAUGCAACUGGACCUUCGUUAUGGCCGAUAUCGACCAACCUAUACUAGGUGCUGAUUUCCUGGCAAAACAUGCAUUGUCCGUGGAUUUACACAAGUCACAACUCGUCCAUUCUGUCAAUGGAUUUGUUAUUCCGGGAAUACAAGGACGUCCGACUUCUCAUGCAUGCCAAAGGGUAGAUAACCUCAGUGCACCCACCUGGGAGGACACCAUAGCAACGAAGGAAGCUGACCGGCACACGGCUCAAACGACAUCAAAACAGUUAACGACACAACAACAGGCUCCUGCUGUUUCAACCACAAAGGCGACACCCAAACCACAACAGGGAACAAGAAAGAGCAGGGCGAAGCAUGAGACGGUGCACCACAUCCGGACAACUCCAGGCCCACCAGUCUCCUCACGUGUUCGCAGGCUUGCACCUGAUCACUUGCGGGAAACCAAGGCCAUUUUCAACGAGAUGCUACAGGAAGGAACUAUACAGCCAUCUAACAGUCCGUGGUCCUCUCCUCUGCAUCUUGCCCAAUUGGUAUACGGAGAACCACUCCGAGUUCCAGCAGAAUUCCUUGCACCAGUUCCUCUCCCAGAUGACACACAACUACCCCACCUCUUGCAACAAAUGAGGAAGCAGGCAGAGACACUACGUGCAGCCCCGACGUCUCAGCACGGCACGCAUCCAGUGUUCAUACACAAGUCCCUCGAUACUUGUUCCCACAUCAUGCUCCGCACAGACCUGAACCAGACAGCUGGGUCCCACAUGAGCCCCACACCAGGGGGCCUAAUGCAGCAACAGAAUCAGCAAGCAGCACACACACCCGCACUAUCCGCACUCGGGCAGGCCGAGAGGUGA